GUUUCCCAUGCGUCACCUCAUUGUAAAGUUUUGUUUUUUUCAAACACAUGCUACUUUUUUGUACUUGUAAUAAUGUACACGCCUAAGAAGUCCUUUAACAGGAUCGUCAAUAAUAAAUGAACUCUUGCAACAACAAUUUGAAUUUUCAUAUCGACAGUUCUGUUUGGUCUCGAUUGACAUUGGAACUCUUCAGUCUCGGGAGAUCACAAAUGUUGUCGAUAAUGUGACUUCUGAUUAUUCCAAGUACUGAGUGUCAGAGGAUAUCGACUUUUGAAAUCAGGAACGCUUGAUGUCUUAUUCCUGUAACUCCGCGUUCAGUGAUAGAACGUUUUGCACGAGGCCAGCAAAAACAAACGAGCUAUCAAGGAAUAUCUUCUUUUUCACUGAAGAAAUUUAUCGAGUGCAAGGGAAACUUUUAAAUGAUUCGAUAGUUUGCGGACGAUAUGACAAAUUUAAAUAACCACUCUUCUUCAAAUAAACGGAUUUUGUAAUCAGUUGUUUUACCGCAAGGUAAUAUUUCAACCACCGACAGAUUUAUCAUGUUUUACUAAGGUGCAUUGGAUUAUAUCAUUUUCAAUCAAAAUGGAUGUUUUUCGAUGCUGUGUACUUUUACUAGUAGUAACAGUUUUCGCACAGAAGCGUAGGAUAGCUCGAUCGGACCCUGAGGGAGAUCUAGUGAUAGGGGCUCUAUUUCCUGUUCAUAAAGGUCCGAAAGAUUUAACAGGAUAUACCCGAACUUGUGGAAAGGUAUGGGAACAGUAUGGAAUCCAUCGCGUGGAGAUUUUUCUUCGGACGUUGGAGGAUAUUAACAAUGACCACACGUUACUUCCCAAUAUCACGCUGGGCUAUGACAUUCGUGACUCGUGCUGGUAUUCUCCAAUUUGUUUAGAACAAAGCAUAGACUUUAUUAAGGACUCCAUUGCAAGUAUGGAUGAAUCGGAAUCGAACAGUACCACGGAUGGGUGUAAGACAGAGAAACGGAAACCAAUCGUUGGUUUAAUUGGACCAGGUACCAGUCAAAACACCAUUCAAGUCCAGAAUCUGCUUCAAAUUUUUAAACUUCCCCAAAUUGGCUAUUCGGCCACGAGUAUGGAGUUAAGUGACAAGAAUUUAUACAAGUACUUUAUGCGAGUUGUGCCAUCCGAUAUGUUUCAAGCGCAGGCUCUGCUGGACAUAGUACUACAGUUUAAUUGGACUUACAUUUCAACUGUCCACACUGACGGAAAUUAUGGACAGAGGGGAAUUGAGUCCUUCACAAAGUUAGCGGAUGAGGCUGGAGUGUGUAUCGCUAAAGCUGCCAAAAUCGCCCGAGGUGCCACCGAUGACGAACACGUAGAAAUCAUUAACAAACUCAUGAAAAAGAAAAGAGCCAGGGUGAUUAUAUGUUUCUGUGAUGGCGAAACCGUCAGAUCCCUUUACAACGCAACAGCAAUGGUACCUGGUGCUAAGAACCAUUUUCUGGUGGUGGGAAGUGACGGUUGGAACGAUAGACCGGAUGUUGUCGAAGGAAAUGAGGAAAAUGUAGCUGGCGGAAUGUCAAUCAAACUGACGUCACCAAAGAUUGCUGAUUUUGACCAGUAUUUCAACAGUUUAAAUCCGUAUACUAACACACGGAAUCCUUGGUUUAAAGAAUUCUGGUCCAAGACCUUCGACUGCACAUUUGACGAAACUGAAGUACAAAGCAAGGGCUUCAGAAAGUGUACAGGUAAAGAAACAAGACGACGCGGUGAAUAUGUUCAGGACUCUAAACUCGGUUUCGUCAUCAAUGCCGUGUACACAAUGGCGCAUGCGCUACACAAUAUGAUGCUGGACAUCUGUGGUAGCAGUGCGGGGCUGUGUCCUGAGAUGUUGCCAGUAAAGGGAGAACUCUACCUGAAUUACCUUCUGAACGUGUCAUUGACUACUUACAGUAAUUAUGAACUUCAUUACGAUGAAAAUGGAGAUCCACCAGCAAGGUAUGACAUUAUGAAUUUUCAAAAGAUCAAGGACGAGGCGGGAAAUGUGACGUACAAAUACGUCAGUGUGGGACGCUGGGAAACAGGCCUUCUGUCAAUGAAUGAUUCUAUCAUUUACUGGCCAUCCAGUGGAUUUGGUAGUACUGUCGAGUCUGUUUGCAGUGAUCCAUGUGCUAAAGGAUCCAUUAAGAAAUUAGAUGAGCAGACAAAAUGCUGCUGGACGUGCAUCCCCUGUCAGGAGAACGAGAUAAUGAUGGACUCUAACACGUGCAAAGAGUGUGCUGAUGGGUGGUGGCCAAACGAUGACUUGACAGCUUGUGAGGAAAUAGAAAUAGAGCACCUGAGCUGGCAUGAGAACGAGGCGGUGAUUGCGGUGACCUUCGCCUGUUUUGGAAUUUUUGCUACGCUUUGGAUAGGUGUGAUAUUUUUGCGUCAUCACGACACACCUGUUGUGAAAGCCUCCACGAGAGAGCUGAUGUAUAUCAUCAUGCUGGGAAUCAUCAUGGCGUACGCCUCGAAUUUCGUCCUCGUAGCUAAGCCAACCAUUGUCACCUGUUACUUUUCCCGAAUUUUACCUGGUUUGUCAUUUUCAUUGGUAUACGGAUCUUUAGUCACAAAGACGAAUAGGAUCGCGAGGAUUUUAGAAGGAACUAAAAAGAUCAUCACCAAGAAGCCCCGAUUUAUGAGCGCGUCAGCCCAAGUUAUUAUCACUUGCAUCCUCGUGGGAGUGGAAUGUGCCAUCAUUACCGUCAUGUUAAUUAUUGAACCCUCGGAUUCAAAGCUGGACUAUCCAACUAUCCAACGCGUUAGGCUCAUCUGCAACACGACCACUAUGGGCAUCGCAGUCCCAUUUGGUUUCGAUCUGAUGCUGAUAUUUAUGUGUACUCUCUACGCCAUCAAGACAAGAAACCUGCCCGAAAAUUUCAACGAAGCGAAAUUUAUAGGUUUUACCAUGUACACAACUUGUGUGAUAUGGCUCGGGUUGGGAUUCUUCGCCAUAUAUUCUGGUAGCGAGCAAAUGGUUUUAACCAUGUCCAUUUGCAUAACUUUAAGUGCCACAGUAGCAUUGGUGCUUUUGUUUUUCCCAAAGGUCUACGUAAUUGUUUUUGCUCCCGAAAAGAAUACGAGGAGCGCAUUCACUACUUCAAAGGACGUACGCUGUCAUAUUGGGUCUGUUUCAUAUCAUUCUGAAAGCGGGAACGAUUUUGGAAAAGAAAGGAUGUCUCUAGAGAAGGGAGCGCCCCACCGUAAAAAGUUUCUGAUCGGAAAAUUUAAACUUAAUCACAAACACACAGCAAGUGAAAGAAAGGAGACGGCAUCACUCCCACCCAACGUCAAGUUAAACCGGGAAGAUUCCAUGCACAUCCGUGUACCCAACAACCAGAAGUUUCCCUGGAGCAAGAAAGACCACUCGAAUUCGAAUUCCGGCGAUGAAGACGAUCGCUUGUCAACAAUAAGUUCAAAGGAAGAAUCACGAAGCGGAAGUGAGAAACAAAAGAAGAAAUCGAAACAAGAUUCUGAGUGUCAAACUGACGCCGAAUUGUAUGAGAAUUACGUGGCAAGAUCGUCCGUCAGGCGGCGUAGAACCAAAGAUACAUGUCAUGAAUCAAACGGCUCCAUCAACAGUGACGAAAUCUUUUUGUCGUUACCUGUUUCCGAUUCAACAGAAAACAGAGGUAUGUAUCGACUCUCCCCGAGAUAUUCCGAUAGGAGUCCUUUAUUAGGCGGCUACGAAUCGUCAUUGGAGGAGGAACGCCGAGGAGAGGAACCGUACUUCCCAUUGAAUAACUUAUCAAACAUCCACGCCCCUAACGAUACUAUACCAUCCGACAUUCCGUUCAAAUCACAGCCCUUGCACUCGUUAGUUGAACAUGAAUCUCUUCCACUCAGACGAACUGACGAUUCAUAUAUUAUAUCUAAUAGAAACUCACGAGAUCAUUAUUAUUCUCCGAUAAAUGCCGCUGACGAGGUUGUAGAAAAACGCAUAGAAAACGGCCAUCUUGUACAAAUUGACGAUUAUCCAUCACAUAACAGUAAAUUUCUAUCACAAUCUAACCCUCCCUCUUCCUUAAAACUUGACAACAGUGAUUUGUACAACAGAAGGCAACAUCCAUAUCCGAUCGUUGCGGCGGAGAAAUCGUUAGACAAAAGUCGCUAUCCGCUGCCACCUACGCAAGCUAAAAAAGCAAUGAACACUGUUUCUCCUCUGAGGGAGGAAAUGCACUGCAACUGCACAAACUAUGAUGCAAUCCCUGAACAAUACCUGAAGUCGAGACCUAGUGUUGUGUCAAAUACUCUCUCCACGGACUCCUCCGUGCCACCGGAAGAUAUGGCUGCUUUUGGAAUUCAAAAACUCGAUGAAGAGGAGGUUUCCAUGCUAUCUUUUCGAGAUUACAUGAAAAAUAGAGGCAUUGACCUUGAUAUGUCAGAUGUUCAAUCCAGCGAAGUCUAGUGUUGUCAUUAUUAAGUGCUUUUUAGGAUUCGUUAGAUUUUUUUUUAUCAUACAUAAUUGUUUUUAAAUUUAUUCUAAUAUUUAAUGUUUAUAUCAUAUUCACAAAUCCUAUUUUUAGAGCAUAACAGUAGUGACAUACAGUGUCGGAACUUUUGUCAGAGAAAUGUCAUAUACAUACAUGUCUCUGCUUUCGAUAGUCCAUAUUUUAUUGAUUGUUUGCUUAAGAGUAGUACAAUCUCUAUUUUUUUGUGUUCAGUUUUGAUUUCAUGCACAUCUCCAUUUAUAUUUCACAAUUUUCAAGUACAUCUGUACCUAGUACCAAUGAUUUCUACCUACAGUUAGCGACAAUCAUAUCAGUGUUUCACUGUUUUCUAAUUCUGUAAAUGAUUCUAAGGAGUAGGGUCACCAAUUGUAGAAUUCGGUUCUACUUUUGAUUUGAUACUUCAUGUUUAUCAGAAUAGCAGUAUUAUCUGUUCGUGAGUAGGCGAGAUCUACGGAGCUAAUUUUAGUACUAUUUGUAAUAUACGACGUCAUAAACAAGUGUAAUUCCCAAUAUUUGCAUUCAAUAUUGGCGAAAAUUUACCAUUCUUUUGAGUUGUUUGGUUUCACAACGUAUGAUAGCAUGCAUUAUCCACAAUAAGUUAUGGUAUUCUGUUUUCAGAAUUUAAUGUUUUAAACAACAUAACACAAUUAUUCCAUGCCUACUCGGAAAACAGUCAAAACUAUUGUCUCGAGGUAGUGGCGAAGACCCAGGAAACAGUUGUCAGAGGCCGUAGGCCGAGGACAACCGUUUCCCGGGUCUUCCCCACUACCAAGGGGCAAUAGUUUUGACUGUUUCCUAGUAGGCAUGACAUAAUUGUUAUUUUACCUAAUCUGCUAAUCGGGCUAUAGUUUGUCACAUGACCGGGAAACAGUUCGUCAUGUGACCGGAAAACAGUUCGUCACGUGAUCGGGUAGUAGUAAGUCACGUGAUGAACUGUUUCACCCCCCCCCCCCCCCCUGCUCAUUGUGUGUUCCCUUUUCUGUUGCUUAUAGUUGAAAAACAGAAAGAAAGAAAAUAUGUAACGUCAAUUUAUAUAGUAGAUUAUACAAUAAAAACGUAAUUUCACAUAACGUAUGCGGGCCAUUUAUAUUUUUCAAAGAUGUACAUGUUGUGAAGAUAAAAAGAUCAUUAGUUUGUGACGUCAUAUUCCAAAUUGCGUACGCAUAUCAGUGUGUAGAAAGAUGGCUUUUCAUUUUGGUUUCUCGCCUUUGUUGAUACUGAAAUUACUGGAUUUCAGAGGAACGGAAGAGUGGUAAAAAUUAGGGAUUUACUUGACAUUUGUUGCACCUACUGGUGAUCCUAUUUGGAUUGCCAAUAUUGUUAUUAUCAGUAUUCAGAUUCUAAUAAAUGUUGUUUUACGCC